GCGGUCCGGCGUCCUCCGUCCCCUGGGGCGCGGGAGUAGAGUUACACUAGCGGUUGCUGCUUGCAAACGCCCGAUCCCCUCCAGAGAGGAGCCGCCACCCCCUGCUCCUCUUCCCCCCUCCCCCUUUUUUUUUAAUUUUAUCCGGUGUCAUUGCUUUCCCACCCACCCCUCUCUCUGUCUGGUUUUUUUUUUUUUCUUUUCUCUGUCUCUGUGCGCUCCGCUGCAGCUCCGAGUCGGCUCCGCGCCCCGGGCUCCGGCGGCCCGGUAGCGGCUGAGCAGGCAGCGCAGCCCCGGGGGCCGUCGCACCCCUGAGCCUCCGCUCGGGCACAGACGCCAGCGGGCGAGCGCAGAGCAGCGGAAGAAAAACAAGAGAGCGAGCCGGGGGGAGUCCCGGGGGGCACCCGGGAGGCGGGCAGACUCCGGUCGGGGAGGACGGGCGAUCCCCGGCGCCGGAGGGGGCAAAGUUGGCCCCGGGGCAGCCGCCUUCGCCCGCCCCUCCCCGCCCCACCCCUCCGGCGCACUCCGGGAAGGAAAGUUGCUCUUCCUCUUUGCGGCGGGCACGCGUUUCUAAAGCCGAGGGCGGACCGAGGGGCCUGAGCCGGGGCGCGAGCGGAGGCGGGCCGGGGCUCGGAGGCCGGUGGCGGGGAGUGCGAGCGGAGCGCCAGGCCUGAUGCCAGCGGCCGACAUGACCGAGAGCCUCCAGCCGCCCGCCCUGCGGGUGCCCGACCGGCGACGGCGGGGGCCGGAGGGGGGUCCCGGCCCCAGCCCCGCGUGGUCCAGUUCCUCCACGCCCACGCUCCGGAGGAGACGCCUCAAGAUGCACCGCUCCCAGAAGGUCCAGGACCCCAGCGGGGAGGGCGGGCCGGGCCGGGACUCGCCCACGCACUCGCCCCCCGGCAAGGAGUUCCUGCAGUUGCCCUCCAUCGAGAUCACGCCCUCCAGCGACGAGGACGCUCCCUGGUCUAGCUGCUCCACGCCUAGCGCCUCGCCCCGCCGCAAGCGCUUCCUUCUGCGCAAAUGGCUGCGGGUGCGGGAGCGGAAGGAGCUCAGUGAGAGCAGGUUGCUUCCCUUGCUGAGCUCCAAGUUGGACCCAAAAUGCCCUAGCAGCCUGCAGAGCAGCUUGCAGAGCAGCUGUGAUGAUGAUUCCAGCCGGUUCCUGAGCCCCAACACGCGGGAGGAAAGCACUGCCAGUAACUCAAACCGCAGCACGCCUGCCUGCUCCCCCAUCCUCCGCAAACGUUCACGCUCACCCACGCCGCAGAAUCCCGACGGUGACGCCAUGGUGGAGAAGGGCUCGGAUCACUCCUCGGAUAAAUCUCCAUCCACGCCAGAGCAGGGUGUCCAGCGGAGCUGCUCCUCCCAGUCGGGCCGAAGUGGCGGCAAGAACUCCAAGGCCAUGAGCCAGUUGUUCAAGGAGACGGUAGCCUGUAGCAGCAGGCUGGCUCUGCCCCCUUGCCUCCAGCUUCCUGGGAGAGUAACAGAGCAGGCGGUGCAGCCGAAAAGAAUGUCAGUGCCAUUCGGUUUACUCGCUGGGCAAGUGGAAAACUUUUGUGGGAUGAAAAGCCAGAGUUGGUAUAAUAAGCAGCAGAAGGGCCUUGAAGGGGAAAAGAGAGCUAGUUUGCUGGAUUUGAGGCGGGGGGCAUUCGAGGCCAAGAGUAUUAAGCCGACCUACAAGCAGAGGAAUGAAGACUUCAGGAAACUCUUCAAACAACUUCCAGACACAGAGCGCCUCAUUGUUGAUUAUUCAUGUGCGCUUCAGAGAGACAUUCUCCUCCAGGGCCGACUCUACCUCUCCGAAAACUGGAUCUGCUUCUACAGCAACAUCUUCCGCUGGGAAACUCUGCUGACGGUCCGUUUGAAAGACAUCUGCUCCAUGACCAAGGAAAAAACCGCCCGGCUUAUUCCCAAUGCCAUCCAAGUUUGCACGGACACUGAAAAGCACUUUUUCACAUCCUUUGGCGCUCGGGACAGGACAUACAUGAUGAUGUUUCGACUCUGGCAGAAUGCCCUUCUCGAUAAGCCCCUCUGUCCCAAGGAGCUCUGGCACUUCGUCCAUCAGUGUUAUGGGAAUGAACUGGGCUUGACCAGUGACGAUGAGGAUUAUGUGCCACCUGAUGAUGACUUCAACACCAUGGGCUAUUGUGAAGAAAUCCCAGUCGAGGAAAACGAGGUGAACGACAGCUCUUCCAAAAGCAGCGUGGAAGCCAAGGCAGAUGCCAGCCCACAGAUUCCUAAGAAAUCCAUCACCAACAGCACACUCACUUCCACCGGGAGCAGCGAAGCCCCUAUUUCGUUUGAUGGUCUGCCCCUGGAGGAGAGGUGUUGGAGGAGGAUGCCCCCUGGAGCCGGAGCUCAGUCUCGCCAACAUCAGUUGAGGAAAAAAAUCGAGAUGAUCGGCGUCAACUCACCCUCGUUGGACUUACAACAAGAGGACAUUCCCACCGAGCUCAGCGACUCUUCGGACACUCAUGAUGAAGGGGAAGUUCAGGCUUUCUACGAGGACCUGAGUGGCCGGCAGUACGUGAAUGAGGUGUUCAACUUUAGUGUGGACAAACUCUACGACCUGCUUUUCACCGACUCACCCUCAGCGGACUUCAUGGAGCAACGCCGCUUCUCUGAUAUAAUUUUUCAUCCGUGGAAGAAAGAGGAGAGUGGGAACCAGAGCCGGGUCAUUCUCUACACCAUCACCCUCACGAACCCUCUGGCUCCCAAAACUGCCACGGUCACAGAAACACAGACCAUGUACAAGGCCAGCCAGGAGAGUGAGUGCUAUGUGAUCGAUGCAGAGGUGCUGACCCAUGACGUUCCCUACCAUGAUUACUUCUACACAAUCAACCGCUACACCCUGACCCGUGUGGCCAGGAACAAGAGCCGACUCAGGAUUUCAACAGAACUGCGCUACAGGAAGCAGCCCUGGGGCUUGGUGAAGACCUUCAUCGAAAAAAACUUUUGGAGUGGUCUGGAGGAAUACUUCCGCCACUUGGAAAGUGAGCUGACCAAAACAGAGAGCACCUAUUUGGCAGAAGUGCAUCGACUCCCCAAGGAGAAGGCUGGCAAAGUCUCUGCCCUGAGGAGGAGGAAGAGGCCCCCCCACCUGCGUGUCCCCCUUGAGGAGGUGAUGAGCCCCGUCACCACCCCCACCGACGAGGAGGUGGGGCGCAGAACCAAGCACGUGGCAGGCUCCACACAGACGCGGCUCAUCCCCGAGGAGAACUCCGAAGGCAUCCACCUGCAGAGCGUCUCCAAGCUGCUGCUCAUUAUCAGCUGUGUUUUGGUGCUGCUUGUCAUUCUGAAUUGUUGCUGUUUUACAAGCUCUGGAUGUUGGAAUCACACCACCCAGACCCUUACAGGUUGUGGGCAGGGGUUGAAACGAUUCCAAGAGAGAUUCCCAACAAAAAGUAUCAAUGACACGGAGCUACAAAAUGGAAGGAAAUAAUCAAAAUCCUCAGUGAUGCUGCUGGACCAGAUGAAAGACUCUCUGGUCAACCUGCAGAGACAGCAUCAGAAUCUCGGGACUAUGUGUCGAGAAAGCGAGGAGGAGAAGAGGCAUCGCUUCCAUUGACCAGGCAGGGGCCAGGGCGGGCCCGGGGGGCCUCUGUGCAAUACUUGUACAUAGACCGUAUAAAUAUAUAUAAAUAUAUAUAUAUAUAUAUACAGAAUAUAAAUAUAUAUUAAUACAGAUUUUAAAAGAGAUAAAGCCUAUGUACCUGGUCACGGAGCAAGGCUGUCCACUCUGCUGCCUGAUGGAGAAGUGUUUCUGCCCUGGUCCAAGAGCAUCUGGAAUCGAAGCUCCAGUGACUGCAGUGGGGGCCUACCCACUCCUCACCCUAAGCCCACCCCCUUGCUGGCAGGCCAAAACCACCCCAGAACAAGAGCAGUUGAGAACAAAACACCCUGCCCCUGCUUGGUUUUCUUGGGACACUGGUACGUACGAUGCUACUGAACAUCGAGCCCGGAGCUCAAGCUCACCCUGGCCUCCUAAUUGAAGGGGAUGCCAGGCUUUGAAGAGGGUGGGCUCUGAGGGCGACCUGGCGCCAUCACAAGAAUGGGCUGGACUGCAGCUUUACCAGAGAGAGGACUUUCAAACUGCUAAGCCCAGCUGGGGGGAGUGGGAAGACAGUGCAUUGUUACUGAGGACCCUGGAGGGCCUCUUCCCUACUUCCCCUGAUGCCCUCAAUUCCUGCUGGUCAGGGUCCCCUUUCUCAUUUCUCAUUUGUCUGUGGCCCCCAGCCUUGGGAUCUCAGCUUCUCUUCCUUGUUCCUCUCAGGCUGUUCCCUCAGGCUGGAGCUCUGUGCAUAGCUGUUUGCCCCCUCUGGGCCCCUCCUAGACCUCUCUUGUCCUUUGCCAGCCCCAUCCCUUCUCUCCACAAUCCAGGUGGGCUUUCUGUUAGCCAACGUGCCCAUCUAGCCAAGUAAUGCCAUCCUGGCCCGAGCUAAGGGAGUUAAAAUUUAUUUUCAAGCCACUGAUGUUAUUUCCCUCUAGUGGAGACCCCAGCUUCUGAUCUUGUUCAUCCCAGGCUGGCCCAAAGAGGCCAUUCAGCCUCAGAGGAGGGACUGGGCCUAGAGGGAGGGGUCCCUGGGGAAUUCAGUGUGCUUCUAUCAGAUUCUGGGAAAGCCUAGGUCAGGGAGAGGAUCCCAGAGCAGAAUAUGACACAGGUCAGGGGAAGAGACUGCAGGUUUUUCUGUCUGGUCUAGCACACUCUGUCAAAGUGGAGCUUAGUGAAUUAUCCAAAUGGUGAGCCUUUGUGUGCAAACAGCCCUGCCUGCUUGGGGAGAGCUGGGGUCUGGAUGAAGGGUGGGGGGACUGUAGAAGGAACAGGGACAGCUGCUUGGGGACAGGCUAACUUCCCCUUCCUGCCAAUGGAGGGAUGCAGGGAUUUGAUCGGGUUCCGGGUGUCUCGAGCUCCUCUCAGUACCUUCCUAUGGCUCCUAUCUCCACUGGCACCACACCAGAGGCCAAGACCUCUCUGGCCUGCUCCCCCCGGGCUCUGCUGGCCAGUCCAGAGGUUGGAGGGAGGGAGGAGUUGCCGGACCUUUAUUCUCAGGAAAUAGAGGAUAGGCCUGAACAGGAUAGCUAAACACCCCUGCAAGUUGGCCGGGAAGGCAGUUUAAUUUAUCUAAUUUAUUCUCUUUUUUCUAAUUUAUUUAAUUUUAAUCUGUCCUGGGAGAGAAGGGGCCCUGGCUUCAGAGGGAGGUACUGAGCUGAACUAGAGCUAGGAACAAGGGAGAUAAGGUGGAAGGAAGAAGAGACCUAGGAGAAUUUGAGUAUGCACUAAAAGGAGUUUUUUUGGGGGGGUGGGCGGUGCUAGGGAUCGCUGAGGACAAUCUGAACCAUGGGUUCAAUGUCAUGAUGGACCAGCUGCCUAGGUUUGGGAAGCCAGACCCUGCCCCCACCUCACUGGCCAUGCCUCCAGGCACCACGACAGACUGUGGUGGCAAUGCUUUACUCUGGACCUGAAGCUCCAUAGUGGUUGAAAAGCAGGAGGCAGUGAUUGGUCUCCUCUUUCCCUUGCCCAAAAAAUCCAGCAGAAAGACUGUGGUGGGGGGAUCUGACCCUCUGGGUCUACCUGUCCAAGUUAUCCGAUGCUCCCUUCUCCCAGAAUCACACACUGGCCAGAGAGUAAAACCAAGAAAAUUAACAGUCUGUACUUUAGCUUACUGGUGGGAGCCUACGUCUAUAGCUGGCUUGCAAGGCGGGAUCAAAACAAUGGCCUCUUUUUUACCUAAGAAACUCUUUAAAGUAGCCUGGCAUUGAGUCACUCUCUCUGGGCAAGUAAAAUGUUUGCUGAGUGAGCACAAAGAAUGCUGGUUUCAGGCAGCCCACCGCAUACCUCCUGGCAGGUGGGUUGGCUGGUGAGAUGUUCCUGGUGGACUAGGACCCCUUUGUAGGAUUGCUUUAAAGACUCAGGCUAUGAAAGAGAUCCAGCAAGGUCCCGAAGGUUUCUUGCCUCCUCACUGGGUGGCUGCCUGGACUCUUUUGAAAGGUGCUUCUUCACCAGGACUUUUUGUGAGUUUGGAGUCAGGGUGGGAGCUUUGGCUCCACCAGUCAACCUCCUCUAGAAACAGCCCAUCCUGCUGCAGCCUCUCCUAUACCCCACCUGUCCAUCUGUCCCUCAGACCCCCAACUUGCUGUUGCUUUUAUGGAAACCUGGCCCUGGAUCUGUGUGAACUGUGAAAUCUGUGCUGUGAGCUGAGUGGGGCAGCAUUUUCCAACAUGGUCUGGGAGCACAAAGUGGUUCAGGUGCUAGCCUGGGACUUUGGGGCUGAGCAAGGGGCCAAGAGAUGGGGUGGGGGGAGGUGGAGAAUCCUGUGGCUACUCAGGCCUGGCGUGGGGUGUUUCAGGCAGCUGCUAGCAAUCAGGUGAGGGGAAUGGGGUGGGGAUCUUAGACCAUGCUGCUGUUUGGGUGUGUCCCUCUGUGCCAUAUCGUGCCCCUUUUUGAGAAGUGCAUGUUGACCCAAACCACUCCAGUCCUCCGACUGCCCUACCUGCACUCUCCUCUCCCAACCCUGCCUCCCCAGCAGGGAGUGCAUGAGGGAGAGUCAGCUUUGGGGAUUCCCCAAAGCUUUUCCUCCUGUCCUCCUCCUCCUCCUCCCUGCCAGCCCCCUCCUGAAGUCUCCCCUCACCGUGUCUCAACUAUGAGACAAUCACCCCCUCCUCCCUCCGAGUAGGCCCACUCCCUCCCACCCAGGAUUUCCUUCCAGGAAGACAUUCUUGGCCGAAGGGGCUGUUUCCUUGAAGAUCAGGUUUUAACAGCUUUCUUUUGAUGGAAGUGUCAAUUGGCACACUUCUACUUCGUGAGCUCCUUUCUCUGCCCCUCUCUGCCCAUCCUGUUACCUCAAUGACUCCUUCUGGAAAAACCCGCAUCCUGGAUGUGAGUGCUCAACUCUGGGUCUCUGGGCUGGGUGGGAGCACUUGGGGUCUUGGGCCCAGUCUUCUUGGGACCAGUGUCGCGGCUGCUAACUUGAAGCGACUCUCUCUGAUGAAGGCCUCCUUCCCUCCAUGUGAAAGCUUUCACCUCAUUACCCCAACUUCUUCACUCCUCUCCAAUACAACGUGGCGCUCAAGGCCCUCACCCCUCCAAACCCCCCACUCUGGGGGAAGGAAGGGGCAGCAGAUAGAAGAUCAGGGAGAUACCCAGCUGAGCAACUCACCUUGCAGUGGGUUGCUGGCUGCAAAAACCAGGGGCAGAAUUUUCCAGGGAAUUUGCACAUCUUCAAGCCCCGCAACCCCCCAGAACUCCCAGGAUCUGGACGGAUCAUGCUCCCCAACCCCAGCUACUCUGUCCUACUCUUCCUUGGCUCUGCAGUAGGGGAGAGGGGAGAGGCCAAGGGCCACAGUGGACCCUGCCGAGGUGGUUUUGAACCCUAAAGCCAGGUUGCACACGGAAGGGAACAAGGCCAAUUGGGUUGAUGUUGUUUGACUACCUGAGCUUGGCUCAAUACCUGUAUUAGCCUGGUGCUGUGCGCUAGGUGGGAUAAACGUGAAACUUACCGCUAGAACCUAGGAACUCUAAAGGCUCCCAAGCCACAUCUUAUUGUAAAGUAGCUAGAGCCAUGAAAGUCUCUUCUGAAUUAAAAGAAAAAAAGGAUUGAAAUGGUA